AUGUCCUACGAAAAGAGUAGUUAUUCCUUUACCCCUUAUAAAUACAAUUUGUAAGUUUAAUUUUUAUUUUAGCAACCAAAUUGUAUUUUUGAUAGUUCUCUUAUUACACAAGCCUGAAUACGUCUUAUAAAAAGCUGCACUCGAGGCUUUUCAACCUGGGUGGUCUUAUUAAGAGCAUAUUGAGUGUAACAUAUGUGGUAUCUUCUUAAUUUGUGUUUCUUGUGUAAAGGUCGGUUGGUUAGAGGCUCUGGGUAUCGAGGGAAAAUUACUGUUGUACUCUCUACAAAACAGCCCAUAUUCUAAUGAGUAAAGUUUCCUUUUCCACAUAAGUCAACUGGCUUUUUUUUGCAAAUGAGGAUGCUAGUGUACGGUGAUCCACUUCUUGUUGCCGUAAUCCUUUCGUAAAAAGGCUUAAUCUCUAAUCUCAAUUUAUCAAUUCAAAAAUUAAUGAAUAAAAAAAUUUUAAAGAGCGCUUUUUGUGAGUGAGUACCUUCCCAAUUGUAAACAGGGAUUGUAUAUGUUAGGCCGAACUCAAUUGGUUUUACGAUGGGAUGGAUGUCUGUAGCGAAAAAGUACGGCAAUUAAAAGUAAAACAGCCUUUUUUUCGGACGGAUCGAACGCCCUAAGUUGGGUUUAUGGGCUCGGGGUUUAUGUGACUUUUAAUGGCCCAUUUUUUGCGUUUUCUCCAUUUGAUGCAGGAUUUCUCGCGACAAAUUCUCUUUCUUUACUUCACUGAUGGCAAUUCCCGAUGUUUAAGCGCUGAAAUUGAUUGAAUUUGGCUCGGGGUUUAUUUCUUGUUUGAUUCGCUGAUUUUGUUUCCUCUUUACCGAGCUGUCGAUACUUUGCGAUCCCAGCGGGAGGCCAAGUGGUCGCCUUUAACUCGUCAUUUAUUGUCUUUGACGCAAGGAUCGAUGUUAUUUCGGCAUUUUUAUUCUUUUACGACUUUUCAUCUUUUCUCUAGCGCUAGAAUUAGACAAAAAUUGCGCGAGACAGCAUAAAAAUUUGGAUACGUCAGAUUUACGCCGUUUUGUAAUGUUUAGAGUGUAGUCUCGAACUAGCUCAUGGCAAUGCUGGUGUUGGGUAUUGUUUCUAGUAAAUAACUCGCAGGUAUUAACUUCAAGGUGUAAUCUGGUUUUAUUAAAAAAAAAAAUUCCGAUAGGAUGAUGUUUUAUGUAAGAAUUAACGUCUGUCCUUUGCACUCUACUAUCGUAUUUGAUAAAUGAUUUUGAGAUAUCCUUUCGAAGAUGACGACGGGCGAGGGGGUUCUUUGUCAUCUGAAUUCCAUCUUUCCGCUUAUCCGACACUUACUAUUUUUGCAAAAGCAUCGGGAAUUAUCGGUCCUGGUUUAGGUGCCUUUUUUAUCAUGCAGAUUGGGUGGGCCGGGAGAGAGAGAAGGGAUGAAAAAAAGUUUUGUACUUUUAUAUUUGGUAGCCAUCAAAGCUUUACUUUCAAGACUUUUUUCAAUGUACUUAAUCAUCUAACAUGCGAAGUUUUUUGAUUUCCAUCCGGGGCAUUUAUGUUACAAACAAGGUAAAAGUGCAUGCAAUUUGACGGUCUUGUCGUGAUGCCUCAGGGCGUUACGGUCGGGUUCGUUUGAUCACUUUCCCUAUCCGAUUUCUUGGGGACCAAGUCGUAAAUGUUUUUUACGACAUCACUCUGUGUUGUCGCAUGACCUUCUAGUUGCCCAACUGUUUUUUCCUCGAGGGCUUAUCAGAUUCCGAGUUCUUGUGAUAACCCGUUUCGCCAUGUCUUCGGAGAGUUAUAUCUACUGCCAACCCAAAAAAGGGCAAACAGAAGAGGCCAUAAAUCGGGCAGUCACGGGGAUCGGCCCGUUUUCCUUCCACCUUACUAUUUAUGGCCUGCGCAUGUUGGAAAGUGGUGGCCAAUUUGGCAAAAAAAAAGAUUUUAAUUUCCCUCCCGAGGCAUUCUUUCGGAAUUUUUUAUUCGUUCAGUUGCACUCGUUUUUCGGCUGGAAGGAAGGACCACACACGUAAAAACUAAUCCGGGACGACUGUUCGCAGAGACAUGACGUCUCGAGAGUCCAGAGUGAACGUGUUUUUCGUAGGCGGCUGACUAUCAGAGACGCGAGAGUGAGGCGCCGACAAAAAUAGCUGGAGAAUCAUUAAAAGGGCUUUUUCAUAUUCGCCGGGGCACACUCUGUGGGACAUGCAGUCUGUUAUCAGAUCUCUGAGGUCUCCUUGUUUCGCAUACUCGGUCAUUUCUCGUCUGUCUCCCGCCUGAACAAGCUCUUUCCUCUUUCAAGUGUGGAGUGCAGUGAACUGGGUGGUCAGAAAAGAUAGCUCCGUUCCCUCCCCGACAGAAUUGCACGUGUAAAAAACGGCUGGUUGUUCGGAACGGGCGGUGCAAUGCAAAAGAAGUAAAAAAGGCUGGGAUUGGGGGGGGGGGGGGGGCAAGGAGUGAAAGAGCGCAGCCGACUUUAACUCUUCUGUUGCACUGUGCGGUCGCCAGGAAUUUCUUCUUCGAAGGGUCGCGCCUUUUUUUAGACGACAAGACGAGCGAUUUCUGGGUACCGGACUCGGAGGUGGAAGGCACUUAAAGAGGCGCGAGGAUUUUAUUUUUCUUGGCCAAGCUUCAUUCCCAGACAGGGUGUUUUAUGGAUGUGUUGACUUCUGCGAAUUUCCUUUAUAAUUUCGGUUUUGCAUGUCGGUUAACCACGGAAGGGUUUUUAUCAUUGGCGCUACCGUAACCCGAGAGUGCAUGACCGUGGCUUUUGGCGACUUUCCCCGGCCCCUCCCCUUUCCUUCGUAUCACCCUUCACACCCGGAUUAAUUAAUAGACUAGAGGUUUGGUUGUUUUUUCUUGUGAUUGUUUCGGUUUUUCAUCACAGCCCUGGUGGUCCGCUCCUUUUCGGCAAGACUACUGCCCCACUCUCCGUUGACUGUUCUCUCUCCGUUCUCGUGUUCAAGGCCCGGGUCGGUCGGCGAUAAAUUUGGCGGCUUUUCUUUUGUACUUUUGGGAACCCAGCCGUUUUUUGCGGCCUUAAAGCUGACUUAGAUUUUUAUUGGAAACAUUUUGAAUUUAAGAAUCCGACAAAGAAACCCCGGAACUGUAAUUAUUUUUAAAGACUUGUAAACGGAUGACUUAUUUCUGACGGAUAAACUUAAAGAAGGGAGAUGUGACCAUCUGGGAUUCUCAUGUCACCUACAAAGUCUUAGUGACCUUCAUACGCGUCAAUGUAAAAGUAUGAUGUCUUUGUGGAGUAAAUAAAUUUGCCCUCAGCUUUCUAUGUGGGGAAUACUGCAUUAGGUGCACGACUUCGGCUUUCUUAUUCCUAAUAUCAUACUCUGAUUGUGAUUUGGUAAGGAAAGGUUUCCUACAAAAAAAGAAAUUCGGAGAAUGCUAAUUUGCAAACAGAUUUCGCCAUCGACCUCGACCCACCUGCUUUCAAUACAGUGAUUACGGUAUUUGUUGCGAUGUCCGAGCAUUUUCUGGCUUUUUUAGGUCGUUCCUCUUUAUUUAAUGGCCUCUUCAGGAAUUUAAAUGGACAAAGGAUGGCGGAGGGAGAGAGGAGCAACGACCGUGAUUACCGAGACCAACAAAUUGUGGUAGUUCAAUCUGAUUCUGAUGACGAAUCAAUUGAUGUAGAGCACUGGAGCGAUGAUGACAUUUCCAAUGAUUUGGUUGAAGAAAUAUCAGUUGGGGUUUCAAAGGAAGUCCGGGAGUCAAGUGCUAGCACUCCCAUCUCCAAAAAUGAAUCCGUCUCCUCAGGAAGGGGUUCAAGAGCAACGAAAGAAGAGCGAUCCAAUUCAAGGUCUCUAGCCACCCAAACGGGGCUAGCCUCAGGCAAACUUUCGCCUGGCCAAUUAAAAAGAACGCCCGACUCUUUACAAUCCCUAAAUGGACUUUCUCCGAAAUCGUCGAUCGCUUCUUUGAAUGUUGUCGAUUUUGCCAAUAAUUUCCAUGCAAAUCUGAAUUGUAAUGAUGACGGUUCAACGACAGAUUCCGGUGUAUCUAGCGCCCCAUCUUCCAGUAGCCGAGUCUCCGGAAAGAGAACAGCACAAAAAGAUUCCCAAAUUUGGAUGGAUUACCUGUCCAAGGCAAUUCGCUGGCCGUUUCCUGUUAAUCAGCAGGUGUUAAUGAUGAUAGCAAAUCAAAGUGGGGCUUCAUCGUCGCAGUUUCCACAGUAUGUGUUUUAAGAAUGCUAUCUUUUUAAUAUACAUCCUUCAGGUUUAUGCCAUCCCAUCCCCAAAUGCCGAGCCAGAGCACCCCAUCUACAGGAUUCCAGCCUGUUCCACCGGUUAUCCAGAACUUCCAAACGCAUCCGGCAUCCUUUGGAACAGAAGCAUCGUCGUCCAAUGAGAAGCCCAAGAAGCCUAAAAGCGAUUCGUCAUCGGGGUCUUGUAUGUUUUGGAAUCUAUGAUACUAAUUCAUUAACUAUUUGUGAGUAAUUUUAAUAUUUUUAGCGACCCUGCCUGGUUGUGAGGCCUUUACCAGUACUUCCAUGAACUUCCCUAGUGGGACCUUUGGCGGAACCCCCCAAAUGCAACCGCCGUAUGUUUCCAACGCCCAGAUGCCACCUAGAAUUGACAAUGCCAAGCCCGGAAUGUUUCCCAAUUGGUCGAAACCCCCGGCAAAUCAAGCAUUGGUCCCGCCUAGACAUAGCGCUGACACGUAAGUAGAAAUAAUAUAUCUGAAUAUUAUUGAAAAAGGCGCUACGACUUUUCAGUCUAAUUGUUUCUAUUAACUAAGUCUUCUCCAAGCCUUCCCAAUGCAUACAGUGUUUUCAUGCCCUAGCAAAAGCUUAGGGCUUGAAAUCAGCGGAUAUUUUCAUCAUAAUGUAUAAGAGUGAAGACGCAGGGUUUCCAAAAAAGACGAAAUUUUUAUGUCUUUACAUUUUUUUGGAAAAAAUAAGUUUUGUAAAAUUUUCGAUUUCGGGGAUUCAGAACGAUUUCUUAUUCCCAAUUCUUGAUUUUGGGAAGUUGAAACGAGGUUUCGCUAAUCGAUUUGUGCUGGUGAGUAGAAAGCCGUUUUGACUUCCCAGCCAUCGGAGGCACGCUUGAACCAGCAUUUCCUACUUGAGAAGAAUUUAUUUUUCCCACGUUCGUGCAAUAUGGGGACAGCUUGGAACUUGCUCAAACUGUCCGUGACGCCUAGGUUAACCGUUUUUCUUUUUGGAUAGCUCAUCAAAUUUUGUAAUCUUGUGAUGCCUGGGUCUGUGGAGGGUGGUUUUUGGACCGCAGGUACCCGUGAAAAAGAUCUUAUAUACAUCUUAUAUACUUAUUACACUUAAUAAUUCUAUCUGUAGAUUCAGUGCGAAUAUGCCACAAUAUCACCAAAAUGCAUUUUUGGUUCCCCCUUUUCGCUCCGUGCCGCCCCAACAAAUGAAUUCUGAUGUGGAAAUGAUCUGCGAAUGGAAAGACCCCAAAAGUCAGAUACUUUGUGCAAAGGAAUUUAGAAGUCAGCAAGCUCUGGUUGACCAUCUAGGUGAACACCUCCACAAUCAAGAACAAUAUUGGUGUAGAUGGAACGGAUGCGAUCGGGACAGGGCCUUUUCAGCACUGUAUAUGCUGGUUUUGCAUAUGAGGAAACAUACCGGCGAAAAACCUAAUCAAUGCCAAGUAAGUUGACAUUACAACCCAUUUUAUAAGUGUUACAUGCCUUGGUGAUAAAUAUUAUUUCAGUUCUGCCCGAAGGCAUAUUCUCGUUUGGAGAAUCUGAAGACGCAUCUGAGAACUCAUACUGGAGAAAGGCCUUAUAAAUGUGAUUUUGAGGGAUGUACGAAGGCCUUUAGCAAUGCUUCCGACCGGGCCAAACAUCUCAACCGAACCCAUUCCAAUAAAGUAAUUAGUUUUCUGUUGAAUCUAAUCUUACCGUAAUCUCUGCAGAAACCAUAUGCAUGUCCUGUUGAGAAUUGUUUCAAAAGUUACACUGAUCCCAGCUCACUCAGAAAACACAUCAAAACAGUUCAUGGAGAAGAAGCAUACGAAGUGGCUAAGAAAAAUAAGCAACAGAAUGGGAGAGGAGGGAAUUAUGGAUUCAUUCCUCAGAACGAAUUACCCUUGAAACAGGAGGUGGGCAAGGGGAGCAACGGAAGUGUCUCUCCUUCUGAUAUGAUCAAUCUAAAUGGGGAUAUGAAGGAUGAAAUAAAGGAAAACAAAGCUCAUGGUAAGUGAAAUUUUAAUUGAAAAAUAAUUUUGUUUGGCAUCAUACAAGAAAGAUAAUUUCAGAAAAUACACCGCAUUACGCGGACAUCAUCAAACAAUUCACUGCGCGCAAGUCCUCCGGCAUUAAUAACUUUUCUGGGCAACAAAACCAUCCCGGUCAAAGUAUUCCCACUUAUUAUAACACGUCUGUGGCCACAGGUUACUGUAAUCUGGAGAAUGGAGCUCUUUGUUUGAAAGCAACGGUUCCUGAAUUUGAGGAAUUCACUCGAGCUUUCUGCGGUCUCAAUAUUGGAAAGCCUCAUGGAGAAGGUAGAAGAUCGCUGGGCACAGAUUGUCAUCGGGGGGAAACUAGCCACAAAUCAUCGACCCAACGCAACACCAAAGUGCCUAACAAUGUCAUAGGUAAAUAUGAAUUAAGAAACAAGCAUAUUAUUUUUAGGGUUUAUUGGAGUAGUCUCCGAGGAAGAAGAAGAUCUUUAUGACGAUUCUUCUGCCAGAUCGAAUUGUCCAAACAAACAUCCACAGAACUCUUUAAGCAACUCAAAUUCAAGUAUUGACGGUGCUCUUUCAGUACUAGUCGAAAACGUGAACAAGUAUUUCAGACUCGAGAAUGCAUGA